CAUAUUACAUAUGUCUAAUGUCGGUAUAUUUCAUAAAAUAAAACAAGAGGUUAUGUUUCUAUUACUAAAUACCAACAAAUAAUUUAAGUUUAUUUGUUCUUCUGAAUUAAACUAUUUAUUUAAGUAUCACAAAUCAUGAUUUUAACUUGUGCAUUAGCCUCAUUUAAAAGAACUUUUACUGCUCUUCGAUACCCAGUACAAUAUAAUUGCAUUAAUAAAAGUAGUGCUGUGAAUUACAGUUCAAAAGUACCAAAAACUAUACAUGAUGUUAAUACAAGAGUUACAAAGGAUGUAAUAUUGUUUAAAUAUGAAAAUCCCAAAUAUUUUAUGUACAUGAACACGUUCGCGAUUGUGCAAUAUAUGUUUUGGACUUAUCUAGGUGUAUUUGCAUUAAAGAAUCUAAAAGAUGCUCCCGUUGAUACAGCCAAAAUAGACGAGUCUACGCCCUGGUUUCGAAAAAUAAACCUGGGUGAAAAUAAAUAUAAAAAUACUUUAGGAGCAGUUGCGCUACUAAUUGGCACUGGCUCUUUGAGCAUGAUUUGGAUGUACACAUUGAGGUCUGUCAGAUACCUGAUCCUCAACAAGGGGGGGCAGCAUUUGACAUUUGUGACAUACACUCCAUUUGGCCACAAUAGAAUGAUGAAAGUACCUCUAGAGAAUGUCUGUUGUAAAGAAGACAGGAAGCUGGCUAAAAUACAGCUCCCACUUAAAGUGAAGAACAAAAUGAUGCACUAUAUGGUUGAUAUGAGAGGAGAGUUUAAAAACCCUUUGCUGUUUGAUUCUACAGCAGGAUUAGCCAGGAAAUUUUGAUGUACUGCAGAGUAUUCUAGAACAUUUUACUCAGGUGAGGUAUGAGAUUGUGCAUAGUCUGAAAAUGCAGUCUGUUCUUGGUUUUUGUGAAAUGAGGUGCUUAUAUGUUUUAACCAGAUCUAUAUCAAGAUUCUUAAAUGAUAUUGGUCUCUAUCAAAAGCAAUAACAUAUUUAGUGUUCCUUAAUGUGUAAAUACUUUAGUAUGUUUUAGAUAAGUUUGUAAAUAAAUAAAAUGUUAAAAAAAAA